AAAGGUGACAGAUAUCCGGGGUUUUGUUUAUAAAAAUAAUUAGUGCUCGUAUUUAUAUAAUUAUGAUUAAAAUAUCAGCAUUAAAUGAUGAAUCUGACGAGGAAAGUGGUUCUGAAGAGGAGGUAACCAGAGAAGCUCUCGAACAAAUCGCCUUACAACAAUAUGCUAAAGCUCUCGAUCUGCAACGAAAGGGCAAUCUUCCUGAUGCUACACAGCUUUUAAAAGAUCUACUGGACACCGAGCUAUUGUAUAAUGUUAAAAAACCGGCUCCUGGCGAGAAAGCAUCCAGUCCAUUGUUUAAUUUAAAAUAUUUAUGUUACAAAAACUUAGCUGCAAUGCAGAGUGCGGCUGAUGAUUUGGAAGCGGCCAUAGAAUCGUAUAUUGCUGCUUCGGAGCUCGAUGAUACGGAUGUUACACUGUGGCAUCGCUUUGGAUUACUAUGUAUAUGUGCAAAAAGAUAUGAAACCGCUCUUCAUGCAUUCCAGCGUGGAGUCCAGCGAAAUCCUAGCCAUUGGCCAUGUAUAGAUAAAAUUAUAACACUGCUAUUAGGACUAGACUAUAAGGAUGAAUGUAUCAUUGUAAUUUAUGAUGCCCUUCAGCUUGAUCCGGACUAUUUAAGGGGCUUGGUAUACCGUAAAUAUAUUUAUAAAGAGUUUCCAUAUAUUAGAAAUUACAUGGAGUACUUGAAUCCAAUAUACAAAUGGAAUGAAGAUGAUGAUGAACAUAUUGAUAAUGAAAUUGGUACUAGACUUAUAGAAGAAGCUAAUGAAAUACAUAAAACUUUUGUAGAACAACAAAAUGCGGACCAAUUUAAAUGUGUCCUACCUAAUUUAAAAUUAAAAAAACCUAUUACUUCUCUGACAUGGAAUGCCAUUGGUGAAUCAUUGGUACAUAUGCAUAAGUACAUGACGGAGAAUUAUUUCAGUCAUGCCUGUUACAUAGCACUUAUUUUCGAAAAAGCUGAAAUUCAAGAGAAAAUGGAUAUCUGUGAGAUAGAGGAGAAAGAAAUUGAUUCAACAGAUAAUAAAAAUGAUGAUAUAAAUACAGAUAAUGAAAAGAAUGUAGAGAAUGUAUCUGAAAAUGAAAAUAAUGAAUUAUCUGAUAAACAAAUUACGGAUACAGAGAAAGUUGAAAGUGAUGUAGAAUUAGUUGCUUCAGAAUCCGCGGCUGAGACUGCACCUGAGCCUAAAGUUCAAAAGAAAACAGCGGUCCGUCGUAGAGGCAGUGCUCUCAGUUUCUUAGAACAGUGGGAGUGGUGUAACAAAAGACGUUCUGGACGUAAAAAGCCAGUCAACAAACAAGACAGAUAUGAUGACAAUAUUUAUGAUACACUAAGAAGAAUGGUUCCAAUAGCUUUAUCACCAGAAACAAUACAAGAAAAAGAAAACGAAGAUAAAGACACCUCAGCAGAUCUAACAAAUCUUAAUAUGUUAUUUGAUGAAAAAGAGAAAUCAGAUUUUAAAAAUGAAGAUGAAUAUUUUGGUAGUGACAAUGAGCAGGUAGAUGUUAAAGAGUUUAUAAAUAAAUAUAAAGAAAGUACAAGAGAUAUAAUAGAUAUAUUAAAGGAUUACCUGUCAUUUUUAGCUGCAAAGUGGAAUGUGAAAUGGCCUGAAGAUUUAACAAGUACAUUUGUUGAAGCUAAUAAUUGUUAUAACACUCACAUAGAUGUACCAGCAUGCCUUGAUGAUAAUAAGGAUGAUUUAUUAAGUUACACUGCUAUUAAUAUCUUAGCAGAAGAAAUAACAGUCAAUAUCAAGCUUAAUCAAAAUGGUAAUGAAAAAAAUGGACAUGAACUCGGUGUUAUAGAAUCUAUAGGUUUAAUACUGGCUUUAAAACCGCACCUUUUUCAAAGCACCGUUUGUUUAGAAAACAUUAUAAGACAACUCUGGGUCAAAAUCCAUGUUCACUUACUUAAUAAAUGUGAAGAGUUUGCACUUGACAGCCUCUAUCAUUUGCUGUGUGAAUUUGAAGCCAUGGGAGAGCAUCAUGAUAAGUACAGUUUGAAUAAUACUAAUUUCACUUUCAAACCUCUUAUAUCAGUAACUGAAAUUACAGAGUACAUUAAGUUUUUAGAAAGAAACAAAAAGCUGUCUACAGUCCUAGAAUUAUAUGAUAAAGGUCAAUAUGAAGAAGUACUUUCAAUCGUAAUAGACUCAUUUGAACAUUGCAAGGAUAUGGCAAAAACACAAGAAGAAGAAAUGUCUUUAGAUUUUGCAGUUCAAUUGUCAAUUAUUUUAGACACAUGUUGGGCUCUAGACAAAGUGGAAACUUGCUUCAAAUGGUCCUUGACAUGUCUACAUGAAGCAUUGAAACAUUAUUUUCGGUUUACAUCUGGCUCCAAAGAUUACGAGAAGUGGACAAUGACUGUUGUAAAAGUACUUUCCUGUAUGGAACAUAUUUUAACUAAAGAAGGCCUUAACUGUUUGGAAUCUGUUUCGCAAAAAGAUCUAAGCCAAGCGUUAGAGAAUCUCAUUAGGAUUAUUGGUCAUCAAGUGGAAACAAAUGCCACAGAAAUGCCCUUUGGUACUGUCGCCCCUUGGAUCAUAAUGCAUUAUAUUUUACAACGAGAAGAAGACCAAGGCAGAGGACGCACAAUCUCAGACAACGACCGAGUAGCAUGUGAUGAAGUACCCAAUCCACUUAUGAUAUUGUUUAUUGGUCAUGAGCAACUAGGAAAUAGAAGUUGGUGUUGCCAUUCUGACGCCAAACUUUUGUAUUUUAUUUUAGAUACAGUUGUGCCGCGUCUCCGAUCUCCAUCGUUGGCGAAAUCUAUAGAACAAGUUUGUCAAUAUAUGGAGCAGUGUGUGUUUUGUUUGUUUGGACAUCCUGGUAAGAAGACUAAAUCGAAAAAUUCACCAUUGAAAGAACAUAAUGUUAAACCUCAUUCAUUGGACUGGAAACGAGCGCAGCAGUUGUACGAAGUAUUUAGACCUCAGAUUCUCCCCGCUUUGGAAGGCAAAGUUUCGGGCAUUACGAGUGAUGUUGAACAGUUGUUUCAUCGUAUUCUUGCCCUGCUGCCCACAGAAUGUGACCCGAACAAAUAUUUACCCGACUUAGAAAAAUAUAUCAAAGGUGUUGAAAAUAAAUUACCAACGGUGCCACCUCUAUUGCCCUAUAAAAUGAAAGACAUAUAUUUUUUGCUGGGUGAUUACUAUUUCAAAAAAGAGGACUGCAAAAUGGCAAUAAAAUUCAAUAUGUUGGACGUUAUCUUAAAUAAUGAUAGGUUGGAAUCUUGGGCGGAGAUAUCGCUAGCGAAAGCCGUACAUUUAGAGAGAGUCUUAAAUUCUUGUAAAAACUUGAACAACGAAACGGAAUUUCUUAAUCAAGCAAAAUCAACGAUACAGUGCUUCAAGCGUUCCUUAGCUUUAGAUCCGACACAUAGUGAAUUGUGGCUAGAAUAUGGAAAUUUCGUGUACACGGUUCAUUCCUUCUGUUCUAGACUCUUGAAGCAAGCUAGUGAAUCAUUAAGUAUGGAAGAUUUUGAAUCGUUAGAGAGACAAAAGGAGGAUAUGUUGGACAGCACUUACACAUGUUAUAGCACUGUUUUAAAUAUCCUUAAUAACGACUUUGAUAAAACAAAUGAGAAUUUUUGGCUGUUGUACUACAUGUUGGGAAAAGUAGCGGAAAAGCGAAAUAAAGCACCAUCAGUAUAUUUAAGUUUUUACAUGCAGGGAGUCAGAAGUUUACACGAAACUGACGCCACUUAUCCGUUAAAGAUUAAUUACAGUACACCAACAAAUUUGUGUAUAGAAGUAUUAGAACUUCACUACCGCAUACACGCUUCGAUUUUAAAAUUUAUCGAGCAACAUGAAAAUAAACCUAUUCCAGCAUCCGUCGGCAAAGUAUUCCUAAUGUGUAUCGAUGAAUGGCAAAAUGGACCAUUUAGUAAAAAGUCUAAAAAAGAUUCACCAGGAGAUGACGGUGAUGGAAAAUCUCAGGAAAUUGUGCACGCCGCUAAUAUAUUAAAAAGGUCUGUGAGCGACGCAGGUGAAGAAGAUACUCAUGAAGCUAAAACAAUGAAAUUGGAAGCGGCGGCAGCUAAAGUGCGUAGAUCUGCCUCCUAUGAUACCGAAAGAGUCGCACACAAUUCACAAAAAGAUUCGUUAAAUGAUUCAGUGGAAAAAACAACCAAGCCAAUGGAUAUAGACCAGAACGCAGAGCAAAACAUGGCCACGGUAAAAGAAAAUGAUGAAAAAAUAUCAGAGAAAACAGAAAAGGAAUCAAAGACCACGAACGAUACAAGAACAGUGGUAGAAAAGGAUGAGAAAGAAUCGAAAGAAAAGAAGGGAGACGAGAAGUCCAAUAGUGAAAAUAAAGAAGAAACACAAAAUAAGAAAGAGGAGAGUUCUAGUAGUUCAUCGUCGAGUUCAUCGUCCGACUCGAGCUCGAGCGAGUCCUCAACGGACAGCAGCAGCGAUUCCAGCAGAGACAGCACCACGUCCACCAAGUCAUCUAACGAUACUAAACAGUUGACGGACGAGGAAAUUAUGAAGAUAGUCAUAGCUUGUUUAGACGCUCUCGAAGAUUGCGCCAGUCGAUUUCCACCACAUUACAAAGCUAUCUAUCGAUUGGCUCAUUAUCAUUUUUACUACAAAAAAGGGAAAGAUAUUGAAAGAUGCAGAGAUCUUAUGCUAUCGAACUUUACAAUGAGGUGCGGCCAAAAACUCGGCGGACUCUUUAGUGAAAGAAAACAAUCGAAUUUCUUUAAUAACAUUUGGAAGAUACCUUCGGCCGAAGUGGAGCGGGCGGGCAGCUUUGCCUUUCAUAUGAACCGCUCCGUGAUGCUCACCAUGGAAAUAUUGAAAGAGAUCGACGAUCACAAAACCUUACUUGAUUUAAAUUUACAUUUACAAAGGAUACCAGAUCUCGAUAAGAAGUAUUUAAGAGACUCGGAUAGAGAGGAGUUAGCACAGCAAGCAUUCUCCCUUUGUGUACAAUCAUUGAAAGGGCAGUUGCUGAAAUUCAGUCAACAGGCGGACUUGAAGAGUAAUGAAGUUGAACGCCAAACUUUAAAGAGCUUAAUGCUCGACAUAUACCGCGCGUAUCAAAGAGUUCAAAAGCAACCUAACUCUAAACAGUUUACAAAUCUGUUAAUAGACGCAUAUAAAUUAAUCGCACCUACACCUAUUCCUGAAAAUGCUAACUUAGUCGAUCUCAGCAUGAAGUUGUGUCAGUCUCAUAUACAAACAUUGAAACAACAAGCGACAAUGGCAAGUUUAGAUAAGAGUCAGAGUCAGCAAAAGAAACCGGUCCCUAAACCUGUAGAAGUUAUUAAGACAACUCCAGCUCUUCCUCCGGUGCCGGUCAGUCAAACGAAGCCCGACAAACAGCCCAGCCAACCGCCAGUUAGCUCUUCCGGCCUACCGAAAAUUUCGUCUCACGAUAUCGCAGCGGCUUUCCGAAAUUACCCAAUGAUAAAUGAUCAGCUACUUACGCAACAGACGGCUGCCGCUUUAUCUCUGUCAUAUUUCAGUAAAAUAAGCGCUUUAGCCGGUUACACGAGCUUGCAAAAUUCUCUUCAAUCGUCCCUUCAAUCUUCCAUGCAAAAUUCCUUCCAGUCCGAAUUCUAUCGUCAAUAUUUUGGAAAUUAUUCUGGCUUCAAUCUACCUCCGCCAAAGAAGCAAAAACGUGGCCCGAAACCCGGCUCUACUAGAUCCAUAUCGAGUGUCACUGCACCUAUAAAGUCCAAGUCAUAUACUUCGUCGUCAUUACCGCCUUCAGCUAAAUCGGCUCCGACAUCAGUUAUAACGAGUUUGCAGAAGUCUGUAUCUGGACCCUUAGCGCCCAGUAUGGGAACGGUUCUUCCGACUUUACCGCCCUCGUUAUCCGCCAACUUAACAGGGUUCGGCGUUCCUCACACGUCCGCACAUUCUACCGGGCACAGUUCACAGCUAACGCAAGCACACGCGUCCAGUUCGUCAGCUCCCAAAGCCCCACUGACCCAUCAGCAAGUUAGCCCGGGUAAAACGUUGCAGGAAAAAUUGGCAGAACGUAAGAAACACUUGCCAGCAUCGAAGAAUGUGUCUCAAGAAAUAAACGCUUCUAUAAGUAGACUGCCUUCAUCGCUGACUAUAACGAAGACUUUUUCAUUGAAAAAUUCUAUGCCACAAACAAAAAAACCAGAGGCGAAGAAAAGCUUAGCGUUUGGAGAAGAGAGACCCAAACCAAUAUCGUCCGAUGAAGUUAUUGUUUUAGAUGAUGAUUGAAAUAAGAAAAUAAUAUAAUUAUACGCAAACUAGUUAUUUAAAUAAAUUC